CAGAGCUUCAUACCAAUGCAGCCAUGGUGUCUACAACAACCCUGGACCGUUAUUGAUGAGAGAGCUUGACUCGAAUGUUCAGACAAAGCCUCGAACCCCUCGGUCGUAAAUCACACAAACUGAGGAACUCGGGUUCACCAACAGCUUAUCCUUUCAGUGAAAACAUUCGUCCUGGACUAAUUUGGAGUACACGCCAUGAAUGUCACGGUCACUUUCAAUGAGCUCCUGCGGGAACGAAAUGCGCCGGAAACAAGAAAACGUGUCACCUUGGAUGCCAUCGAUGGUUUCUUGAAGGAGGCAUAUAGGAUUAAUUCUCAUAUCACCAGCCUACAUCGAGAGCUUCAAGAUGUUCGACAAGCUUAUUUAUCGACUGCGCAGCCACGAAAGACACAUAACCGAGUCGCAAAAGAACAAACACGUGUCCUUACAGAUCGAGACCGAGAAGAAGUCGACGCCAAUGCGAAACAGAUGAUUCGGGAGUUGAAUGCUGGCAUUCGUGCUCUCGACGAGGCUGAACAGUUACGGCGUGAAACUGAAUCAGCUAUAAUCCGAAAGAAAUAUGGAGGCCUAGGAGCUUUUGGAGCAUGGGCUUCAGGUGGUAUAAUCAGCAGCAAAACAGAGGAGCAUGCAGAAGCUGAAGCCAAGGCACGAGAUUUGGGAAUUCAUCGAGAUAGUAUUCUCUGGUUUUUACGACAACGACUCGAGCUAUGCUGUCGAACGCAACAAGAAAUGAUGGAAACACGUCUAAAGCGCGAGUUGGAGAAGAACCGCAGCAUGCUUUCAAGAUCAGGCGCCACCAUUGCUGGAGACUUUGCGGAAUUUCCUCCAUCUGCCCGACGGAACUCCCAAACAGCCCCUGCUGCACCGAUCCCUAUGUCCGAAGACGGCCAGUUCCCGAGCCAGGGGUUGACAGAGGAACAGAUCCAGAUGUUUGAGCAAGGGAACCAAGACAUGAUGAAGCAUUUCGAGAAUAGUUUGGACAAAGUCAGGUACGUGUCAUAUGUCCUCUCGAUCUCCAUCGGCACACCUUUGCUUGGUUGUAUCUGCACUAGAGUACCAAGCGCAAGCGCCACCCCAUGGGGAAGGUGAAGUUUGUUCAGGCAUAUGAGCUAACACUCGUACGACAGAACUGCUGAGAAGUCGUUACUAGAAAUAGCUGAGCUGCAGUCACUUCUCGUAAACAACCUCGCCACACAGUCAGCGCAUAUAGAUCAGCUUGUAGCAGACUCGUUUGCAACUACGGAAAACGUUGGCGGUGGCAAUAAGGAAUUAAAAAAGGCGACACAGCGCGCAAGUCCAGCAAAGUAUACAUUCUUUGCAGCAAGCGGGCUCUGCGCUUUCCUUGUGCUUUGGGAUCUGGUGUUUUGAGUUGGCAAACGAAUAAAAGGGUAUGCAGACAUACUGACACCUAAGCAUUAAUAGCUGGCAGGGUGUGGGAGCCGCAACCAACUACAUCUCUAUGCUAUAUACUAAGCAGGUAGUCAAAGACGGAGCACAUGUAUGUGCCUUGUUAUGUUCAUCUUCGUAGUGCCUAAGGAACUCAUGAGAAAUGCAUGGCCUGAAGACGAACACCACUUUGAGUUGGAACAUAUCCUCACUUCAGACUGAAUUGACCAUAACUGUGAAGAGUGAGACCACGGGCUUGCCAGUGUAUGGACCAUUAAAACGGACGCCCGAAGCAAUGAAAGAGUUUUGUAUUGGCAUUUAAGUUGAAACCGGUGUACUUUGAUGUACCCAUUAAUGACAACCCCUUGUACGCAAGGACCCGAAAAGAAACAUAUGUAUGGCUGAUCAGAGACAAAAGCCAUGUAUCAAUCUCAUGAUAAUGAGAGGUAUUUCUUUGCUGUAUCGAUUUCAAAUUGUUGGCCGCUGUGCUUGAACGGUACUCUGCAUAAUAUGGACUUGGCAAACCCUGCGAAAUCAGAAGAUUUCAUCUCACACCGGCAAUCUUCCUAUAGUAUCUAAGAUUCAAAUUAGACCUCUUUCCUCGUUGAAUCAACUGGCCUCGUCUUUCAGCUCUGGCUAGAUCAAACAUUCGAUAAUGCAAAGACAUACGAUGCAGAAUGUUCUGUCACCCAAUAACGCUGGCGGGUAAACCGGGCCCAACGCCGGGACCCUCAAAACCUUCUAAGGAUUCAGGGGCAAUUCAAAAUUUACAGUAGAUGUAGAUUUCAAUGGGAG